AUGGCUGAGGUAAAGCCCAAAUCGGGUGGACCGUCCCUGCCCCGGGGGUUGAAGGAGAUCGUCAAUUGGUAUCCGUCGGAAUAUCCAUCUGAGGAACGAAAGUCAGCGAAAUGCCGAUUACUUUUCAAGCUUGAUUUGUCAAUUCUGAUUUUCGCUUGCUUAUGCUUCUUCGUUAAAUAUUUGGAUCAGACCAAUAUUAGCAAUGCCUACGUUAGUGGUCUGAAAGAAGACUUCGGUCUUUACGGAAACGAACUCAACUACUUCAAUGUCUGCUAUUUCACGGCAUAUGUGGUGUUUCAGGUACCCGGACUUUUGUUGAUGUCGCGUCCAAAGCUAGCUCGCUGGCUACUUCCGACACUAGAGAUACUCUGGGGUAUUUGUACCUUUGCCCAAAGCCGCGUCACAAAUGUCAACCAGAUCUACGCUCUCCGAUUCUUAGUGGGAAUGCUCGAAGCUCCUGUCUUUGCGGGGACCCAUUUUAUCCUGGGUUCCUGGUAUUCUGGACCUGAGCUGUUCAAGCGAGCCGGUGCUUGGUUUAUUUGCAAUCCAUUGGGAAGCAUGGUCAGCGGGUAUCUCCAGGCAGCGGCAUACACUAACCUGUCUGGUGUCGGCGGGAUGCCCGGUUGGCGAUGGCUGUUCAUCAUUGACGGCAUAUUCACAAUCCCCGUGGCCCUUAUUGGAUUUUUGAUUUUCCCUGGCAUCGCAGAGUCGCCCCGUCCGUUUUAUUUGUCCGAGAGUGAUAUUUCGCUAGCGAAGGAGAGGGCUGCCAGAGCGAAGAUUCGGCGACCAGGCAAGCUUGAUCUCGAUGUGCUCGGGCGAUCUUUGAAGCGGUGGCAUAUUUGGGUUUUCGUUCUAUGUUAUGCGUGCAUGAUCAUUUCCUCCUACCCUUCGUCAUACAUGAACCUGUGGUUGAAAGCAGAAGGAUAUUCGGUCACCAAGAUUAACCAACUUCCAACUGUGAUCUAUGCCAUCCAGAUCGUUGCUUCUUGGCUUGGGUCGACAAUUGCAGCUAUAUACCCAGCAUGGCUCAUCUACACUCUGGCGUCUAUCUGCGUUCUUUUCUCGACGCUUUGCAUGAUUAUUUGGAAUAUUCCGCCCGCAUUGAAAUUUUUCGCGUGGUAUCUUUUCGGAAUUUCAAGCUGCUUAAGUCCCAUUCUGUAUUCGACGGUGAACACGAUUGUCCGAGGUGAUUCUGAGGAGCGGGCCCUCAUUAUGGGCUCGAUGAUGACCUUUGGCUAUUCUUUUCAAAUCUGGGUUCCACUCCUGCUUUUCCCAACUGCCGGACCAGACGGUGCACCACGGUGGAGAAAAGGGUGGCCUGUCACCUUUGUGUUCUAUUUCCUCCUUUGGGCCGGUUUUAUCUCGGCCAUUCUGAUCCACCGACGAGACCAACGAAAGCGCUCAGCCCGUGAUAGCCAGGAACACAGCGACGAGGACGGGGAGACAAUCAUUAUUGGUGAUGGAGCAGAUUCCAAAGCUGGUGAAUCCGCUUCGAAAACUAUACCCAAGGAAGGAGAGUAA